AAAUCGCCAAACAGAAGGGAGCAAGGUACCGGCUGGGCCCAGAGCUGGAAAUAUGCGGCUACGGGUGCUGGGAUCACUAUUACGAGUCGGACACCCUCUUGCAUUCUCUGCAAGUCCUGGCUGCCCUCCUGGAGUCUCCAGUCACUCAGGACAUCCUCUGCGACGUGGGAUGCCCGUGAUGCACCGUAACGUCCGCUACAACUGCAGGGUGAUAUUUCUCAACAGGAGGAUCCUGCUCAUCAGACCCAAGAUGGCCUUGGCCAACGAAGGGAACUACCGCGAGCUGCGCUGGUUCACCCCCUGGUCCAGGAGCCGGCAGACGGAGGAGUAUUUCCUCCCUCGGAUGAUCCAGGACGUGACCAAGCAGGAAACCGUGCCCUUCGGCGACGCGGUGCUGGCCACGCGGGACACCUGCAUCGGGAGCGAGAUCUGUGAGGAGCUCUGGACGCCGCAGAGCCCGCACAUCGCCAUGGGCCUGGACGGCGUGGAGAUCUUCACCAACGCCUCCGGCAGCCACCACGUGCUGCGCAAAGCCCACGCCAGGGUGGACCUGGUCACCAUGGCCACCACCAAGAACGGCGGCAUCUACCUGCUGGCCAACCAGAAGGGCUGCGACGGGGACCGGCUCUACUACGACGGCUGCGCCAUGAUCGCCAUGAACGGCGCCGUGUUCGCGCAGGGAUCCCAGUUCUCCCUGGACGACGUGGAGGUGCUCACCGCCACGCUGGACCUGGAGGACGUCAGGAGCUACCGGGCCGAGAUGUCCUCCCGGAACCUGGCGGCCAGCAGGGCGAGCCCCUACCCCCGCGUGAAGGUGGACUUCGCCCUCUCGUGCCGCGAGGACCUGCUGCAGCCGCUGUCGGAGCCCGUGGAGUGGAGAUACCACAGCGUCGGCGAGGAGAUCAGCCUCGGACCCGCUUGCUGGCUCUGGGACUUUUUAAGACGAAGCCAACAGGCGGGGUUCUUCCUGCCCCUGAGUGGCGGCCUGGACAGCGCGGCCACCGCCUGCCUCGUCCACUCCAUGUGCCGCCAGGUCUGUGAGGCCGUGAGGAAUGGAAAUCAGGAGGUGCUGGCCGACGUCCGGACGCUCGUGAGCGAGGCCGGCUACACCCCCGAGGACCCCCGGGAGCUCUGCGGGCGCCUGCUGACCACCUGCUACAUGGCCAGCGAGAACUCCUCCCGGGAGACCAGCGACAGGGCUCGGGAGUUGGCCCAGCAGAUCGGGAGCCACCACAUCGGCCUCAGCAUCGACCCCGCCGUGACGGCCGUCAUGAGCAUCUUCAGCCUGGUGACGGGGAAGAGGCCUCAGUUUGCGGCUCACGGGGGCAGCAGCAAGGAGAACCUGGCGCUGCAGAACGUGCAGGCUCGGCUCAGGAUGGUCGUCGCCUACCUUUUUGCUCAGCUGAGCCUCUGGGCCCGGGGCGCCCCCGGUGGGCUGCUGGUGCUGGGGUCCGCCAACGUGGACGAGAGCCUCCUGGGCUACCUGACCAAGUACGACUGCUCCAGCGCUGACAUCAACCCCAUCGGCGGCAUCAGCAAGACGGACCUGCGGGUCUUCGUCGAGUUCUGCCUCGAGCGCUUCCAGCUCCCCGCCCUGCAGCGCAUCCUGGCCGCCCCGGCCACCGCAGAGCUGGAGCCCUUGGCCGACGGACAGGUGUCCCAGACGGACGAGGAGGACAUGGGGAUGACCUACGCCGAGCUCUCGGUCUAUGGGAGGCUCCGGAAGAUCGCCAAGACCGGCCCCUACAGCAUGUUCUGCAAACUCCUGCACCUGUGGAGGGACGUCUGCACCCCCCGGCAGGUGGCUGACAAGGUGAAGCGGUUCUUCUCCAAGUAUUCCGUGAACAGACACAAGAUGACCACGCUCACGCCCGCGUACCACGCCGAGAGCUACAGCCCCGACGACAACAGGUUCGACCUGCGGCCGUUCCUCUACCACGUGGGCUGGCCCUGGCAGUUCCGCUGCAUAGAAAACCAGGUGCUGCAGUUGGAGAGGAGGGAGCGGCAGGGCCUGGACGGUGUGGAGUGACCCCGGCCCGGCCCCACGUGGAGGGCCCCUCGCUGCCAGGAUCCCACGCGGGACGGCCGCCUCGCCGGUGACCUUGGCCCGUGACCUUGAGCAGGAGCCCAAGCCUCUCCCUGCCCCGGGCAGGGGGAGCAUCAAGCCCUGUUUCAUGUUUCAGGGAGAGGCUGAAACAUGAUCAGUUACUUCCUUAAGAAAAGGCUGAAAUAAAGAGAAGGAGAUUUCUAACCCUUGAA